AGUAGUCCAGCCGUAAAGCCAAUAUUUAAGCGUAAUCCCAUGGGCGAUGCACGUCGGCGUAUACUGCAUUCGGGUCAGUGGUUUUGUCCUGACGAAAGUCCGGGAUGUGAAUUGGUAUGCAAGGUACGACCGUACGAGUCAUGACAUUCAUUAUUCCUGAAAUCACCUGUUUACUAAGUGACUAAAUGUAAUCACAUGCGGCUGGCCAAAGUACAAGUUCACUGAGGGCCAGCAAGUCAAUGAUUGCCGGAAAACCUACCAGAAUUUCUCGAGUAGGCCUACCACACGAUGGGUCAUAAUAAAACGCAGGCUAGUCUGCCGAAUCGAUUGAACUUUUCCUCGUAAGGCACAGACGAGGAGUGCACUCUGAUAUUUACACGGUCAUCCAUCCGCGGUCUACACCGGGAAACUCUGGAGAAUUUAUGCCUCAUUCGGGAUACCUGCUCGCAUCCCACUCAUCACAUAAUUCUACUCAAGGGAAGCCCUGCGUUUGAGAAAUAAUCUGCAUCAACUGAAGACGAUCCUGCGGAUGCAGUGACAAAGCACUGUGAAUUAACGACAGACAUUCGAAACGAUGGAAGUCAGAUUACAGCGGCUUGUGAUUGAGUUUUGCCUGCUUUCUUGCCUGUCAAUCGUGACAACAGUUCAGCAACCCACUCCGGCUGAUUUUUGCGCCAGUCAUCCAUGUGAAAAUGGAGGCAUGUGCACUUCAUUACCAAAUGCCUUCAUCUGUAGAUGUCCUGAGGAUUAUAGUGGUGUAAGAUGUGAAACACAUUCCUCUGAACAUGUCCCGGAGACAGCGUGUUUCAGCAAUCCCUGCCGUAAUGGCGGUGAUUGUGUCAGUACAGGGCUGCAGCAGUUCACAUGCAUGUGCCCGACCCAGUGGCGUGGAAGUACCUGCGAAAUUGAUUUAGAUGAAUGUACGAGUAAUCCAUGCCGCAACAGCGCCUCGUGCCAGAACACUCCCGGAAAUUACAGCUGUGUCUGCCCCAUAGGAUACGCUGGCAAAAACUGUGAAGAAGAUGUGAAAUGUAUGACUAAUGUAUGCAACAACAAUGGUACCUGCAUCACACUGAAUGAACAGCAAGUCUGUAUAUGCCCCGUUGGGUUCAGUGGAGAAACUUGUCAAGACAGAGAUCUCUGUAGUCCUAAUCCAUGCAAGAAUGGUGACUGCAUACCGUCGGACGAGGACCCCAAUGGCUACAUGUGCCGUUGCCAUGCAGGGUAUACGGCCAGAUUAUGUGAUCAACAAUUACAUGCUGCCUGCUCUCAUAAUGGUGACACAUUCUAUGAUGGUGAGGUUAGAGAUGUCGAGUGCAACCGAUGUCAUUGCCGUGGGGGAGAGUGGCUGUGCACAAAGAAAUUCUGUGGAUCCAUUCAAGUAGUGUUUGACUUUGUUGCCGAUUUCAACGGAAUUGUGCGCGGCAAGGAAGACAACUUUAAAAGAUCAUUGACAACUGCCUUGGCAACAGAAUUUUCAAUCGAAGAAAGCAUGAUCGCAAACCUUAUGGUAUCGGCAGGUAGUAUUCAUGUUGAGUUUGAGCUGGUUGCCCUCCUUGAGUCACAUCUCAACAUUGAAGAUGUUGCAGCACAAAUGUUAGCAAAGCUGGAUUCUGGGACGUACUACUUCCGUUUUGAGGAGACUGCUCUUUUUGUUGACCAAUCAUCUGUCAAAUUUGAGAAGGUGGAAGCCCCAACUGAAGGCCCCGGAGCUCCUGUCAUCAGCAACGUGGUGCUGGUGGUUGUGUGUGUCCUCGUAAGCCUGUUCUUAAUUAUCGCUGUUAUCAUCGGAACCGUCGUCAUUAUAGUUCAUCGUAGACGCUCAGAGAAGACAACCACAGGGCAAUUCGGGGGACGAGAGACAGGAGAAGAGCAUCCUAUGAACAACACCAACCACACGCGACAUCACAACGACCUGUACAACUCAGUGCCCAAUGACAACGGCAGCCUAGCCAGUGGUGGCCAGGAAGCUAACGACUUGAAAGACAUCAACAUUGACAUGUUUUCCAAGGUCGCCGAGCCAAAAGGCCUCAAGUCUGGUCUUGACCGUGUCUGACCUCCCCCCACUCUCUUCUUUCCAGCCCCCACCCCCCUCAAGGCUCGGUAGCCUUGAUUGAUUGGCAAGAGUUGCACCCCAUUAGCGUGUAACUCUUGGGAGAUUUUGUCAAGAUGCCUCAGGGUGUAUGCUCCAGACAUCUGUCCUGUGUAACCUGAAAUAUGGAUGUUGAAUGGUGAUGCUUUUAACAGAACUUGACCAAAACCAAGGUAUAUACUUUCCUGUUAAGGGGGAAAACAUACACUAAUUGUUUGUUUCCUUUUUUAGCUAUGUGUGAUUAAUUACCUUCUUCAGCAUUACAAAAAUGGGUGAGAAGUUUAUCUACUUGGUCACCCAUGUAAAAUAAUUAAAGGGUUUUUAUUUGAUGUUCAAGCAAUAACAGUAAUGUUAAUUUUUGUGAACAUUAAAUUGUUGGCACCAUUUCUUUUAAGAAAGAGCAUGUACGCUAAGUUUGAUUCCCUUUCCAACAAUGUGAAUUAUUUUCUUCAUUAAAACUUUGACAUGCCUCAUGAUGUCAAGCGUUAACUAUUCAUGAGAAACUGCUAGCUUCUAGUUUUGUAAUUCCAUCCCCAAAAUCUCUGGUCCAAUUACACGCUUCUUUCCCUCAAACCCACAAACCUGCUGGAAACCUCACACCCAGCACACCCCCCCAGCACAACCCUUAAUAGGUGCCAUCAGUCUAGCGAUGACAGGAGGGGUCAAUCAAGGUCAUCAGUGUCUCCUGGUCUCAAAUCACUAGAGAUUAGUGCUGCAUUGGAAUUUUUUUCUCGUUUUCCCCCCACUUUUUUGGUCAUUGUUGUUUUGGUCAUUUGAAAGAAUUUGUUGCCAUCAAAAUUGACUUUUUACCCUGUUGGGGGGGGGGGGUUGAAAAAACAAAACAACCUCACAGUACAUGUGGAUGCGAUUGCAUUUUUUAAGCUUGUCUUGUUUUUUUUACUGACUUUUAAAACAAGUUUUCAACAAAACAACCUCACAGUACAUGUGGAAGCGAUUGCAUUUUUUAAGCUUGUCUUGUUUUUUUUUAAUGACUUUUAAAAUAAGUUUCCAACCAUCCACUUUACCAAAGUUUCAUGUAAUGUGUGUUGCUUCCACAUGAAAGUUAAGUUCUUACCUCUAUUACACUAUUUUGUAUGUAUUCAUAUUGAUGUUGGCAUGUUUUAUUGCCUUACUGUUCAAAGUUAUGUAACUUUUACUCUGCCGUUAUGAAGCAAUAUUUUUUUUUUUUAAUUAGGAGUUUCUUUCGUGAAGCUGUUAAACAUACUUUAUGUCAGUUAAGCAGUGUGUCUGUUGUAUAACUAUAUAUGAUGUGCUUAUCUACCAUUUGAAAAGUGGAACUAUUUCUGUACAGAUAUCAAACUCUUGUUGUGAAUUGCGUAAUGGCUGCUGAGCAAAUUGAUUUAUGAAUCAAAGACGAUCCAUUGGGAUGGUAUGGGCUCCGUGCACAAGUACCCCCUCAACGGCAAGAAAGGGAGAGCUGGGGGAGACCACUGGGAGAGACAUUUGAACGCAUUGCCAAUGCUCACGUGAAGACCCUAUGGCUUUCUUUGCACAGUAAUAACAUUAGUCGUGUGUGCUUAGUGCAACAUGUGCUAUACGCGCGGGAACCUGUACGUGCAUGCUGUGUGUCCUGUCCAUGGGGCUCUCGAAAGUGUUUAAACAAGCGCCCUCUCUGUUCGUGCACAGAGCUCAUUGGCUCAAAAUGUCAUUUUGGCUGAGAACCUGUUGCUGUUGAACACUUUUUGUGGGUUUAGCUUUAAGCAAUCAGACACAGCAUGAAUGAAUAGCAAAGGGAAGCCUAUUGUUUUCUUUUAUUUUAAAUGCAUUUAAAUCAAUAAAAUAAUAUGUUACUGUAACAGGAAAAUGUAACUUUUCAUUUAGUGUGCCAAGUCUUAGCUGAGGCUUCCUAAGGCUUUAAAGAAAAGUGCUGAAGUUGCUCUGUUGUUGCUAUUUGCUUUCCAAAAGAAUUUCUGCAUAUUUUCCCACCCUGUGUUUUUGUGCUUUUUUAGCACUAUAAAGUUACUGUAUUUACUUAAUUACAUUUUCAAGCAUUUUUGUAUUCAAAUGACGUGUUUUAAGUGUUGUGAAUGGAGCAAUCAUGUAACGAUCGCUAUGAAACUUGAGAUCAUUGUUUGGUUAGUAUUGUUUGAAUAUAAUAGCCAUUCCUGAAAAUGUCUUUGAAAGUUGAAAUUAUAAUCAGCUUUGAUAUUCAAAGCCUGUACAAAGAACAUCUAAAAAAAAUCUUGAACAUCUUCCAAAAAUACAACAGAAAGGGAUGAUUGAGAAAAUGAGAAAUUUUACACUUUUUGAAUCAGAAUGAAUGAGUAAAAAAGCAGCAAAACUCUCGAUGUCAUAUGUACCCUUGUAUUCAACACAGAUGGGAAUUAGAAGAAUGUAAUUUAUCAUCAAGUCUGCAAAACCAUUACAUCUAUCCUCCACAAAUCACAUCUUAAGUACAUUGAUCGGUUUCCAAUUACAUGGUACUAUUGAGUAUGCAAUUUUCUGUCCAUUUCACUGAGACGCUGACUGUUAUCAGUAAUUAAGCAUAGCACAACUGUUCUGCUGGACUGCUACAGUUAGCAUAAACCUUUAUAUGCCGUCUGUUAUGAGCUCUGUGAAAUUGGCCCACGUUGUCAGCAUUUCGCAAGAAUACACCGCAGGUUGUCCUGGCUUGCAUUGUGAUUUUUUUUGGAGUGUAGUUAUAGAAAUCACACUUACUCCUGAGCAAUUUGGAGUGCACAAAUCUUGAAGAAUUCACACUGUUGGGUGAUAAACACAAGUAACUGCUACUUAGUGAGAAAAUGCUUCUUUCAGACCUUUUAGCAAUCCACCUGUCAAGUCGGAUUGGAAUUGCCUUUUACUUCAUUUUGGUCGAUCUUUGGCCUACCAGGCAGUUUUCCCAGAGAUCUAAACAGCUCCAUCAAAGUUUCAAAGUUAUUUGGGAACUCGGUAAGAACCCUUAUCAAUGCCCUAGGGUUGGGGGGGGGGGGGUUAGUGGGCUUAGGUUAGGAAUGCAACAUUGUGGGUGAUGUAGCCCCCACACUGCAUGGGAAUUGUGCAACCAGAUGACGCUAUGGUCUAACAAUUUCUCCCUAAUCCCUGUUUACAGUCGCCACAGCUCUGUGCAAUUACUGCUUGGUGUAGGGCAUGGCACCCCUUAAGCCCCUCAUCUCAAGAAUAGAAGUGCCUCCCUGAUCCCUUCUCUUAAGUGAUUCCGCCCCGGGGCAGAAUGUGACAAGCUAAACAUGUUUGGCGGAUUGCUUUUCCAGAUGUCUUUUCUUGUAAGCGAGAGUUAAAGUUGAGCAACAAUGUGUAGUUCAUCACUAAAAUACAGUUUAAAAAAAAUGAUCGUAUGCGUAACAGCCAUCUUAUAUAUGGAUGGCAGUGCUCGUGUUCAACAAGGAUGGGCAUUGUUCAUUUUUUGGGUCUAAAUCAAAGGCCUCAUACAUGGCUGACAUGGAUAAGAUCUAUAAAAGCUUGAACUGUUCUGUAUUUUAAAAUGUGCUUUCAAUGUAUGUAUAUUGGAGAAUACUUUUGUGUAUAUUUGGUCCAACAUUUAUAUGAAACUCAGUUGUACGUUACCAGUGUUGAGAUUAAAAUCACGCAGUAACUUGUGAAUC